AAAUACACUUUACCCCCCUGUAAUGUUAGCGAGUUUAGGGUUACCCCCCUGUAAAAAUAUUUUUUGUAAACCCCCCCUUAUGUUAUGUAGAUUCCUUCAUAGAACCCCCUAAUAUCCAGGUGGCAUGGAAUCUAAUAAGAGGUCCUACACCUGGCAUAUUUUUAAUUUUGUUAAAGUGAUUAUGUGUCAUUUUACACUUUGCCAUUUCAAAUUCCCCCUUAGAAAAUUAGGGUUCUGAACAUAGAUGAAGAUGACCUCAGGGAAGACGAAGAUGAAGACGAAGAUGAAGAUGACCGCAGUGAAGACGAAUAUGAAGAUGAAGACGACCGCAGUGAAGACGAAGAUGAAGACAACCUCAGCGAAUACGAAGAAGCGAUCCAGCUCAGUGAAGACGAGCUCAGUGAAGUGUCCAAAGUUCGAGGUUAGUAAAAAUUUGAAGUUCAUCAAUGUCGUAGGGUAAAACCUUGAAAUCAACAAUCUUUGACAUGUGGGUAUAAUAUAUUGACAGGAUUCACAACACUUUAGUGUUACACUCCACCAUGGGGGUGAAUUUUACAGGGUUUCUGAAGAAGAAAUUAUAUACAGAGGGGGUAUGGAUACGACAGUUAAUGGGAUACAUGUUUCAAAUUGGAACAUGGAUAACAUUGAGAAGUUGUUGAGUAGGUUAGGGUAUAAGGCUGAUUGUGUUAGGGUAUGGACAAAAGUUUUAGAAAUUCAAGAUGGUUUUUUUCUGAUUAGGAAAGAUGAUGAUGCUGUUGAUGAUGUUGCUCUAUACUUAAGUGUUAUGAAUGUGAAAGGAGAUUUGUAUGUUGAACAUAGUACUGGGAACAUGGACCCUGCUGAUAGGGAACCUAAAUGUGUGAAUGAUGAUGACCACCCCCCUGAUAAUGGAAUUGUUCGUUUAGAUGAGGAGAAGGUAGAGGGGUUAGAUGACAGUGAAGAUGAAAGAGCUACUGCUUACUUUGAUGGUUUUGAAGGAAUAGACGUUACUAAGCCUAUUAGGGAGGAGUUUGAUGGUUUUGAAGGAAUAGAUGUUACUAAGCCUAUUAGGGAGGAGUUUGAUGGUUUUGAAGGAAUAGAUGUUACUAAGCCUAUUAGGGAGGAGCCCAAUAACAGUAAGGAGGAGCCCAAUAACAGUAAGGAGGAGCCCAAUAACAGUAUGGAUUCAGAUGAUGUAUACUAUAGUGAUGAGUUGAAUAGUUCUGACCCAGAUGAUUCUUGUGAUGAAGAAAGGCCCAAGUAUGCUAGGUUUAGGAAAGAGCAUCUAAACAAAGACUUUAUAUUCAAGUGGGGUAUGGAAUUCAACACACUUGAUGACUUUAGGGCAGCUACCCCCCUGUAAUUUUUGGGAAUUAGUAGGAAUUCCAUGUAGGCAUGCUGUAGCUGCUCUGAGUUAUAGAAAGCAAAACCCUGAUGAAUUUGUUGAUGCUUGUUACACAAGAGAAAAGUUUGCACUAUGUUAUGGAUUUUCAGUAAGUCCAAUCAAUGGUCAAGAUAUGUGGCCAGAAGUUGAGAUGGAACCACCUCUACCACCUGCAUAUAAAAAUGGUCCUGGUAGACCUAAGAAGAUUAGGAUAAGAGAAAGUGGAGAGGAUGGUGCAAGGAAGAGAAGAUCUGGUGUUGCAUAUAAGUGCACCAAAUGUGAUAAUUUUGGUCACAAUGCUAUGACUUGUAAGGCUACCACUCAGGAUCCCAAUGCACUUAAAAGAAAGAGAAAACCUAAAAAAGGACAUGUGCCAACUGCAACUGAUAUGCCAACUGCAAAUUCUAUGUCUGCCCCAACUGCAACUGAUAUGCCAACUGCAUCUGAUAUGCCUGCCCCAACUGCAUCUGAUAUGCCUGCCCCAACUGCAACUGAUAUGCCUGUCCCAACUGCAACUGAUAUGCCUGUCCCAACUGCAACUGAUAUGACUGUUCCAACAAAUGUGCCUGUUCCAACUGAUCCACAGCCUCCAACUGAUAUGCCUGUUCCAACUGCAAUGAGUCAAACAGGAUCUAGUGUGGCUGCCUCAAUCACAAAACAAUCCAGAAAAAGGGUUGAAAAAAAACCUAUCAUCAAAAGAAGGCAAAGUGAGAGGAUCAAGUUGAGUUGGUUUAAAAGACCCAUAACAGGUGAAGGAAUAUCUAGUGACAAACCAAUUACCCUACCAGAAAAUGAAGACAUGUAAUCCUUUUGGAAAACUCUUUUGUAAUGCCAACUGAUCUUUGUAGUCCUUUUGUAAUCCUUUUGGAAAUUUGUAAUCCUUUUGUAAUCCUUUUGGAAAACACUUACUGCUUGGUGGCUGGAUUCAUACAUUAGAAAUUUGUUUGGUUAAUACAUAUGCACUCUGCUAUGGUUAAUCCUUUUGUAAUCCUUUUGUAAUCCUUUUGGAAAACACUUACUGCUAUGGUUAAUACAUAUGCACUCUGCUACCACUGAUCUUUUGAAUGCUCUCUCUUAUUUGGCUGGAUUCAUACAUAUGCACUCUGCUACCACUCAUCUUUUGUUAAUUUUAGUCAACAUAUUGGCAGUUUUUUAAAGCAAGAAAAACUCUUAAAAUUUUGACUCUAAAUUGGCCAUACACCAUUAUUUCCAUGUUAAAGCAAGAAUAACCCUUUGUUGCCUCAUUGAAUGAAAAACUGUCUCAAAUUUGGUUCUGUGAAACUAAGCAGAUUAGGGCAGCCUAGGAGUUAAUGAAGUUCAAUUGUGGAACUUGGAAUUCGAGACAAAUGGUUAGUUAUUCAGUUAAAAGUUUGUUAGUGCAUUUUGAGACAAU